GAUGUUUACAACUUCUGGCUUCUUAGUCCUCCGCGCAUGGGUCCCAAUUCUAAGCAUGCUUACUGAUCUCUUCCUCGAAAGGUAUCAACAGAGAAGAUUAAAGAACCAUGAAAAGCUUUUCUUUCAAGGCUCUAAUGGUGUGGAACAACUUUACAUACAUGAAUGACCAAAACAUGUUGGCAAAAGAUCAUAGCACUUGAUGAUGAGAAAGUUGACAUAAUCCAACGCUGUUCUAUACUUCAGAGCAAGUCUUGAUUGUCAUCCAACAUGAUCAUCUGGAACUGGAACUGCAUCUGGUUAGUACUCACCUUGAUUUAUUGCUCAUAUGUCAGUUGUUCAGACCACUUUACUACUGAUUCCUUGGAUGCUUCUCUUGAAGAUUUCGCCUUCAAAGCGCCGCUCCGGCACCGACCUCGCACCGGAGCUCUAUACCAAGCCCUCCUUCCUGCUAAUCUCUCAAGCAUUGACGUUUCAAUUGUUCGGCUCAGAAGUCGGAGGUUGUGGAACACGGGUGCCAACUUCAGCUUCUUCCACAUUCCAUCAAGAACUAUGCCUUUGCCACACGUAAAGAGGCUUGCCAUAGUCUAUCAGAACUUGGGCAACUUGUCUUCCCACUUCUAUGGCCUGAAGGGUUACUCACUCAUCACUCCGGCCGUUGGAUUCACGGUUUUCGAUGCAUCAAAUGUUAGUUCUACAAGCAUCAGAAAGCUGAGUCUCAGUACAAUGGGGAAGCCCAUAUCGAUUCAUUUCCCCACUUUGGCCCUCCCUGACGGAAUGAUCUCUAAGACGAGGUGCGUCGCUUUUAGUGGAAAUGGGAGUUUUUACCUUAGUGAAAUGAGCUUGCCCGGUAUAUGUUACUCAGGAGAUCAAGGUCAUUUUGCCAUUGUUGUUCCGAAGGAGAGUAAGCAGAGGUUGUGGUAUCUUUGGGUUGUUGGGUCUGUGCUUGGGAUUUCUGGGAUGGUAGUGAUGGUUUAUGUUGGGAUGGCGUCUGCGAGGACUUUGAAGACAAAGAAGAUUCAAGUGGAGAGACAAGCACAAGCUGAUGAAGAUUCGAUUCUUGAAAGUAGAUGGGUGAGUGGUAGUAAGCUGCCUUCUGCAGCUGGGACGAGAACUCAGCCUGUCCUUGAGAAUGGAGGUGUUUGAUAUUCCUUUCAGAUUUAUUUUCCUUCUUUGAUAAGAUUUUUUUUUUUUUUUACUUUGUUCCUCCAUGAUCUGUACUUAUUCCCCCCCCCCCAAAGUCUACACUUUUUAGGAUCAUAUCCCAUCUCAGUUUGGAUUUUAAAUGUGAAUUUCGAUGCGCAAUUUGAGACAGUAGUCAAAUUCAAACUGUUGGCAGAGCUGUCCUCUUGGAAUCCAUUGUGAAACUCAUUGUAAGCUGAAUCAGAACCUUCAUAACAUUCAUAAUACACAACUACUAGCUCCAAUUAUCACAUCAUAUUUGGCCACCACACUCUUACUAUUUACUUGAACAGAAAAUAGCGAUUGCUAUGUUUGCUAAUAUUGUGAAUAAAAAAUCCUAUAAACAUUAGUAUAAAGCUACACGAUUUGAACUCUGAGAAGCAUCAGUGUGUAGAUGGUGGGUGCAGGGACAAAUACGCAUAGCAAAUUCAUGUGAUGGGGGAAAUCCAAACUGUGGGAACCUUCAUAGUUUAAAAUGGGGGACUGCAACAAAGUGGAUCUUCAACAUUUACAAAAACGAAACAAGAUUUGGAAUAACAGCCCUACACUGGAGGUAAGGAGUAUGUUUUUCUAUCAGAUUACAUUUUCCAACAUCAGAAGUUUUGUUGUGGUGUUUGUGCAUGCAACAUGCAUAUCAGGGGCAGGGGAGUGUAGGACAAUCGAAUCCUCUAUAGCCAUGAAGACCAUCAAUAGUACGCAAGAGAAUUCCAAAGCAAGCAUCAUGAUAAUUCAUUAGUAUUGAAUCUCAUAUACUGCAAAUCAGGCCCCAUACCUGGCAAACGGCCAAACAUUUAGCGCAGGGAAUAAACAGCCCACCACCAAAAUAUACAUUCAAUUAUGAAGAGAAGAACUUGCAGACAAGCUAAUCCAAAAGUGAGCUAUGGCAAGGCGCCAAAAUCCUUUAGUUUUUAAUCCAACAAACUUUCAAAAGGCAUCCUCUUAUUCAAUGAACACGAUGGAUACUAAGCCUGGUAGUCUCUUUGAGUACUUAGGAUUCUAUUCUUUCUAAAAACACUUACCACGUAAAAGAAACAUCCAACAGAUAUGAACUAAGUAGGUUGCAAAACAGCAUAACAACGCUCCCUUUGGCUUCCACUCUUAUUACGGUAGCUUCAACGUCACCCAUCAAUUAAUCAGCGGCUAUUACUCUUGGAAGAACACCAAAUUGACGUUUCAAACAGACGCAUGGAAUACACAAUAUACCAACUCCUGAAGCACUAAACGAAAAACCCCCUUCCUGAUCCCCUCCCAGUGAAAGGGUGAAGAACAUUGCCUCAUAAGUCUAAGAGAAGAUGUUUACCAAACUUCGUGGGGAUUAGUUCAUCAUGAUAUCACACUAAAGAUGAUAGGGCAGCAUCUUUACACAGAUAUUAGCCAGUGCCAUCUUCAUCUAAUCUUAAUUCUAGAUAUACGACCUUAGGACAUAUCUAAUCUGAUAAUAACUGAAUCUACACAGAAGCAAAAUUAGAGAAAACUAGAACAUGUCUACCGCAAGGAAAGAAAAUCAUAAGAGAGAGUUUAGCUCAAAAACUCAGAAGGCAUGCAUUUUCUUAUUAACAGCCCCCAAAAAAACAAAGGUUAAACAAUAAUUGCUCCCAGCAAGCAGAGAAUCCAAAACAAGGCAUACAAUCCCAAUUCAAAUGGCAUCCACAUAAAAUUCAGGAUCACCAGGAUCCAAACAAAGAAAGUAACCAACCAAAUAGUGAAAAAAGCUCAGCUGAAAGCACCAACACCGGCAUCACUAUUCCGAGCAAGUUUCGUCCACUCGGUAUGAAACGACCCUGGUCGAUCAAUCCGCUCAUAGGUAUGCGCCCCGAACAAGUCCCUCUGUGCCUGCACCAAGUUCGCCGGCAGUCGCGCCCGUCUAUAUGUAUCGAAAUAGGAAAGACUGGCACACAUCCCUGGCGUGCUAAUGCCGGCUGAUAUCGCCAGCCCCACCACCCUCCUCCAUGCAGCCUGUCUCUGCACCAUCUCCCUCGCAAAGUCGGGGUCCACAACCAAAUUCGCCAAAUUGGGGUUCCUCUGAUAGGCCUUCUUGAUCCUAUCCAAGAACACAGCCCGUAUAAUACACCCACCUUUCCAAAUCCUCGCCAAUUCACCCAAAUUCAAAUCCCACCCUCUCUCCACACUCUUCGCCCUCAAAAGGUUCAUCCCCUGCGCGUAGCUACAGAUCUUCGACGCGUACAAUGCCUGUCUCACAUCGUCUAUCAACCUUUUCUUAUCGAUCCCACCAAGCUUCACCCCCUUCUCCUCGUUCAACCCAGCCUCUCUCAGAACCUCCGCGGCAUUCUCUCUCUCCUCUUUCAACCCACUCAGAUACCGGCAAUCCAAAGAUGCAGCAAUAGUCGGAGCAGCGACGGACAGCUCCGCUGCUUGUUGGACAGUCCAUUUCCCGGUCCCUUUCAUUCCCGUCUUGUCCAAAAUCUUAUCCACCAAACCCCCAUCUCCAUACUCGUCCUUAACCCUGAAUAUAUCGGCGGUAAUCUCAA